AUGGAACGCGCGAGUGUUUCCGCAGGCGUUCUUACGCGGCCGCUGCCCGCGGUUCAUCAGCGCUGCCUGUCACCACCACCACGCCUAGCCAGUCAUCCGGCGCCCCCUCACCGAGGUUGGGCGAGACCUCCACGCGUCUUCAGGUCUUCACGCCUAAGAUCGCGCCCCGCACGACCGCAGGGGGACCCCUCUCUUUGCGUCGCGACGGGGAUUCAGACCCGCGCUCAGGCAGCAACGCGGCGUCUUUAUGUGUCAACGAGGAAGAGACGCACGGAGCAGUCUGUCUCCGUUGCUUCGGCGUCGGCGUCUUCUGGCACAGAAACAAGCGAUAUCGAGACGGGCCCCUUGACGCGAUCAUCGCCCCUUACGUCACCCGCAAGCCCAUCAGGUGCCGAUGAGUGCCCACGUCCGGCAACCUCAGGAGACGAGUCUCCUGCGCCUCCUGAGCAUGAGGAGACAAGUCACCCCGUCUCCAGUGCGCCUGCCAACGUGCCGGCCCCUGUCACGGCGCAGGAUCUGGGAGGGCCCCCGCAAGCCCCUGCCCGGGAUGACAAGCCCAUCGUGAGCCACGGGUACUACGCCGUGUCUGAAGACCACGACCGUGCUUCGUCAGACCCUUCCCCUGAGCGUGUUGUACCCCACAAGGGCCGGCGACUGGAACCGUCCGCGAUCCACCCGGCGUCUGGCCACGAGCGGAGAUCUCGCUUGCGCUCGCGUCAUCGCCGCGGAGACGGGGCUGGUCGCAAUUCGGGCGCGCGGGCCUCAAGUCACGACGCGGGCCGCGAGCCGAGGUGUCGCUCGCGUCGUCGUCAGGGAGACGAGCCGCCGUGCGACUCCCGUGAGGGUUCCCCCGCCCGCGAGGCGAGGCAGGAGCGAACGGGGCUCGAAGUCAACAGCAGCGACAGCGACGCCCCGCCGAGGGCGAAGACCCCGAGGUUGGGUAGGAAAGCGGUGACCAAGGGGGACACACCCGCGGAUGACAGUGAAAGAAUCGAGUAG